AUGAUUGCAGGCGCGUUGGGUAGCAUAUCAAUCGUUGCGAAGGGAUAUGCAGGGCUGGGGCUAUCCGAAGCCAAUGAAUUAGUCACCCGAGGAUUAAUCCUCCUCCCUCUAGUGGCAUACCGUCGUAAACUCUUCGCAGCGUUUAACAUGCUAUCCAAAGCACCUGAAAUCACGAACCCAGGCUGCCGCAUACUAAUGGCAUUUUCGAACAUCCUAGGCGCCGCGGAUAGAAGUCCGACAGAAGAGGUGCCGUUUCGCGUCCCUUAA